CUCAGCUCAAUCUACCGCCGUCUCAAUUUCUAUUUCUCUCUCUCUCUCUCUCUCUCCUCUUGGAAUCUUCUCCGUUUGUCCCCCCCUUCGCAGAAAACAUGCAGGGAGGAGAGGAGGAGGAGAAACGAGAGUGAGGAAGCGGAGAAAGUUGGUCGGGCAGAGGAGCAGAUGGGAGGGAGGAAGGACAGGAUCGCUCGAGUGUCGCGACUGAUGAAUAAACAGAUAUAUGAAUCAAAGCCUAGAAUAAAAGGCGAGUUCUAGGCGCGCCGCCGCGGUGCGUGGACGCGGACAAGAUAGCGGCGGUGCGCGCUGGAGCAGCCGAGUCCUCAGCGGGUCCGACUCCUCAUGUUCUCCGAACUCUCGGCGAGGCUCCCUCAACUUUUCGGAGUCUGAAGAACUUCCCCCCGCGCCUCCGCGUCCCGGCCAGCACCCUCUCCCCGGAAGAGAAGACACAAGGACGCCGGUGGAGGCAGGAAGGGAGAGAGGAGUUUCUGUGUUCCCUCCGAGGAGUCCAGCUCGCCGCAGCCGGAGUUUAGGCGUCGGCGCCCGGGCAGGCAGUCCCUCGCCAUGGCCGGGGCCAAGCCGGGAGUCCACGCGCUGCAGCUGAAGCCCGUGUGCGUCCACGAAACGCUGAAGAAGGGAGGGAAGUUCAUCAAGUGGGACGAGGAGCCAAACAGCGGGCCUCCCACCCUGGUCACUCUGAAAGUUGACCCAGAUGGAUUCUUCCUCUACUGGACUGGAGGGUCCAACCUGGAGGUGGAGAUUCUGGACAUCAGCAACAUCAGGGACACCAGGACGGGAAAGUACGCCAAACUACCAAAGGAUGCGAAGUAUCGGGAAGUGCUCGGCUUCAGCAGGGGUCCGAACGUCGAAGGGAAGAUGUUAACUGUCGUCCACAGCACCGACCUGGUCAACAUCUCCUUCCUCAACUUCCAGGCGAUGCAAGAAGAUACAGCCAAGAUUUGGACGGAUGAGCUGUUCGCCCUGGCCACAAACAUACUUUCCCAGAAUGCAUCACGGAACACCUUCCUCCUCAAAGCGCACACAAAGUUAAAGCUGCAGGUGAAUCAGGACGGCAAGAUUCCGGUGAAGAACAUUCUCAAGAUGUUUUCUGAUAAGAAGAAGGCAGAGACGGCUCUGGAGCAGUGUGGCCUCAUGAAUAACAAGUGCGAGGGAAUAAAGCCAGAUGAUUUCACGUGGGAGGCCUUUGAAAAGUUUCUGGACAGCCUCUGUCUCCGGCCUGAGAUACAAAGCAUCUUCGAGGAAAGCGGCUCCAAGAGGAAGCCGUUUAUCUCCCUGGACCAGCUGAUGGAAUUCAUCAACCGCAGGCAGCGAGACUCCCGACUGAACGAGGUGCUCUACCCCCCGCUGAAACUAGAGCAGGUCCGACAGAUCAUGGAGAAAUACGAGACCAACAGCAGCCAGCUGGAGAGAGACCAGAUCAGUUUAAAGGCUUUCAGCCGCUACCUGGGAGGAGAGGAAAACGGCAUCGUGCCCUCGGAGCGACUGGACGUCCUCGACGAUAUGAACCAACCGCUGUCGCACUACUUCAUCAACUCCUCACACAACACGUACCUCACAGUGGGUCAGCUGACCGGCCUGUCGUCGGUGGAGAUGUACAGACAGGUGCUUCUGACCGGCUGCCGCUGUGUGGAGCUGGACUGCUGGAAGGGCCGGCCGCAAGACGAGGAGCCGUACAUCACCCACGGCUUCACCAUGACCACGGAGAUCUCCUUCAAGGAGGUGAUUGAAGCGAUAGCGGAGAGCGCCUUCAAGACUUCGCCGUACCCCCUCAUCCUGUCCUUUGAAAACCACGUGGAUUCGGCCAAGCAGCAGGCCAAGAUGGCAGAGUACUGCCGGACCAUCUUUGGAGACGCCCUGCUCAUCGACCCACUGGAGAAAUAUCCGCUGAUCCCAGGUCAGCCGCUCCCGUCGCCUCAGGAGAUGCUGGGGAAGAUCCUCAUUAAAAACAAGAAGAAGCACCAUCACCACCGACCCUCGAGCAGCAUACGACGCAGGGAGCUGGAGGAGCCGUCGUCCCCCAACAAUGACUGUCCGUUGACAGAUGGCGAGGGGAGCCAGCUGCUGUCCAACGGGGAGGAGAAGCUGGCUGAGAGGAUGGUCAAAGACUUGGAGCCUCGCAAGUCCAUCGGAGGAGAGGGGGAAAGCGAGGAGGACGAGGAGGAUGAAGCUGUGACGGAGCCGAAGAAGCCGAACACUGACGAGGGCACGGCCAGCAGUGAGGUGAACGCCACGGAGGAGAUGUCCACCCUCGUCAACUACAUCGAACCCGUCAAGUUCAAGAGCUUCGAGGUGGCAACCAAGAGGAAGAAGUACUUCGAGAUGUCGUCUUUGGUGGAAACCAAAGGCAUGGACACGCUGAAGAGCUCCCCUUUCGAGUUUGUCGAGUACAAUAAGAACCAGCUGAGCCGGAUCUACCCGAAAGGCACGAGGGUGGACAGCUCCAACUACAUGCCGCAGCUCUUCUGGAACGUCGGUUGCCAGAUGGUGGCGCUAAACUUCCAAACUCUUGACCUGCCCAUGCAGCUAAACAUGGGGGUGUUUGAGUAUAACGGCAACAGCGGCUACCUGCUGAAGCCCGAGUUCAUGAGGAGGACGGACAAACACUUUGACCCUUUCACGGAGGACAUAGUGGACGGGAUCGUCGCCAACACAGUCAAAAUUAAAGUGAUCUCAGGCCAGUUCCUCACGGACAAAAAGGUGGGCGUGUACGUGGAAGUGGACAUAUUUGGACUUCCUGCUGACACAAAGAGGAAGUACAGAACCAAAACGUCCAAUGGGAACUCGCUGGACCCCGUGUGGGAUGAUGAAAUGUUUGUCUUCAAUAAGGUGGUCCUCCCUACGCUUGCCUCCCUGAGGAUAGCAGUGUUGGAAGAAAAUGGGAAGUUUAUCGGUCACCGCAUCCUCCCGGUGUCGGCCAUUAGACCUGGUUACCACUACAUCAACCUGAAGACGGAGUUGAACCAGCCGCUCCUCCUGCCGUCCCUGCUGGUUUACACUGAGGCUCAGGACUACAUCCCUAAUGAGCACCAGGAGUACGCAGAGGCUCUGACCAACCCCAUCAAGCACAUCAGUCAGUUACACAGGAGGGAGACACAGCUGGCUGUUCUCAUUGAGGACAACAGUGAGCUUGACCCCGACCAGCCCAAAGACGGAGAGAACAAGGAGUGUGAAGUCAUUUCCUCCCCCUCCCACGACUCCGCCCCCAGCCAAUGGGACGAAGCCCGCGACAUCAUCCCAUCUCCUCCACCAGCACCGACUCAGAAGGAGGACCUCAUAGCCACCGUUCUGACAGACGUCCAGGUUCACUCCAUCGAGGAGCUGAGGCAGCAGAAGUCCUACAUGAAGCUACUGAAGAAGCAGAGCAAGGAGCUCAAAGAGCUGCGGAAGAAACACCUCAAGAAGGUGUGGAAUCUGAGUAAGGAGCAGAAGAAUAAAGGUAGCAAGCUUCAGUCCGACACCCAGAGGAGACGCAGUCAGGUGGAGAAUCGUCUCAAACGUAGCAUUAAGAAAAAUGAACCACAUGAGCCGGUGCAGCGGGAGUUGACAGCGUUGGACCAGGAGCUGGAGAAGCAGACGGUGCAGCUGAGGGAGUGGCAGUUGAAGGAGCUGCUGAAAGUACGACAAGAGCUUCACCUGCUGGAGAGGGAGAAGCAACAAGUACAUCUGCAAGAGACCUUCCAGAAGUUAAACGACACAGCCCGUGAAUGCCAAGAAGUUCAGCUGAAGAAGCUCAGGGAGCUGUGUGAGAAGGAGAAGAAAGAGCUCCAGAAGAUCUUGGACAGGAAGCGACAGAACAGCAUCUGUGAAGCCAAAACCCGCGACAAAGAGAAGGCUGAAACGGAACUGAGUGAGAUCAACAAGAAACAUAUUCAAGACUCUGUCACCUUAAUCCGCGGGCUGGAGCAGGCUCAGAUCAGGAGACAGGAGAAGGUGGAGCUGAGGCAGCUGGAGAUUAUGCAACACAUAGUCGAGGAGCUCCCACUGCUUAAGUCCCAGUUAGAGAGGGAGCUGGAGGAGGAGUACCAGCGCCUGCCGGAGGAGAUCUGCCAGCACCUGCAGCUGGAGCUGGAGAACAAAGGUCUCCGCAAGGACGCCCUGUUCUCGCCCUUCUCCAACCACAGUGGCUCCGACUCCAACUGCUCCACGCCCUCCUACCCGUCCACGCCCAACCGGUGCACCUCUAAUAGGUGCAUGGACAGUAGCACCACCUCACUGGCCGACUCCAGCUCCUCGUCCACCACUCCCGGCCUGUCGGAGGUGGAGAUGUCCUUUAGUUGAAGUGACUAAAACUAUUACGUGUAAAAAGGAAGAUACAUUCAACUGGGGUCUAUAAUGAUUAAUAUGUGGGAUAGUAAUGAUAUAGAUUAACUAAUUUUAUUCCUUUUAUUACAGAAUGUUUUAUUUGUGUCUACAGAGCUUUAAUAUUUUUAUUUUGCAGUCAGACGACACAUCGUGCCAUUAGUUGGAAGAUUUCAUAUGAAUCAUAUCAAAACAUCUGUUUUUACAUUUCGUUGUUUUUCAUUUUAAUCUUUUUUACCUUAUUCUUUGCAUCCGUUCUAUUUUUGUUCCGGUCAUUAAGCUUUGCUACAGUUUUCCCACAACAGAUUUGUUUUCACACUGUUUUCGGUGAAACUUGUUUGUGGUUUUAACCAUUUUUAUAGAAAAGGUUUCAGAGGUUUAUCUGUAAUGUCAGUCGGUGACCAGUAGGUGGUGGUGCAACCUCCUGAUGACUUCCAGCUGCACGUUGACAUUUUAAAGUAAAAACAUACUUUACACUAAACCCCUGUUUGUUUUAUUCUAAAUCACCAUUCGAAGCAAACACAUGAGGGUUUACGAAUCAUAGCGUUUACUCGAUUUGAGAAAUGAUCAUUGUCACAUUUUCUCAGGGAGGGACCACUCUCCAAAUUUGAAGCAUUCCCUCUUCUUGCCGUCGUGGAGAACUGUAGUUCAGCUCCUGUUUCCAGAGUCGACAUAGGAACAACUAAUAGACACUUAACAUCAGGGUAUUUAUUCAAGGUACUACAUUCAAAUUUAGCGGUACUUUAAAAAAAAUCUGUGGUUUUACUUCCGUUCUCUUUUUUAAAUAUUGUAAAUGAUUGUUGCUUUUCCAUUCUUUUCCACUUUGAGGGGUAAAAUGUUGGCACUGUGUGUGUGUGUGUUUGGCUGUACGUGAAUUUUACUACUGACCACAAGUGCUGCGGGGGGGGGAGGUUAAGGACGACCUGAGAGAGUCCCAUCUUGUCCUCCCUCCCUUCGAUGAGCACUGACUGCCUGUCUGUCUGAUUUCCCCCCACCCCCCCUCGUAUUCGCAUGCACACAUACCCCCCUUGUAAACUAUUAUCUAUUUAAAUGGAAUUUAAACAACAUUUCUUUUCUAUUGUGGUUAUUUCAAGUUUUUUGCGGCUGGAAAAAGAUUUAAAUUCGCUUUUCAUGAUUUGCAGUGGAAAAAGUUUUUCCCAUUACAAUUUUAAAUCGUGUUUUACUGUGUCUGAAAACAGCAUGAAGCCUUUCUGAAAAUUUGAGUUACAGUAAAAACCUACUUCAGCUCAACUUACCCAUUCUUGUAAUGCCCUCAUUCUAGGUGCGUUAGCGUAACUUCUCCCAUAAACGCUUACACACCUCCAAGCAAAUAAGUAUCUGAGUGCAAGCAGAGCAUAUUUUAAGAACAAGCGCAGGGUUUUGAGUGAGAGCAUUACAGCAUCUGUUAACGUGAAAUCGCUCCUGUGACAUGGACUUCAAUAAAACCACUUUCCACUGGGAUUUACUUGUGUAAAAAUGAA